ACUUUCAGCUGGAAGAGAUUUGAUGUGGAUCGAGACAAAAUCUGCAUCGCUGGUGAUAGUGCUGGUGGAAAUCUGGCAGCUGUUGUCUCGCAGCGGUUAGCGGGAAGAAAUGAGAACUUCAUCAAGUGCCAAAUCCUCAUCUAUCCUGUGAUCCACGUCUUCGCUUUUCAACUGCCAUCCUAUUUGGCCUACUGCGAUAGGUACAACGGCACAUCGCUUUUAAAUCCUCGCGCUAUGGCUAGAUGGAUACUUCUUUAUUUGGGUUUACCUGCUCAUAAGAAAAACGUCGAAUUAGAAAAGAAGCCGCGUAAGGCCGAAGAUGAGGACCUUUUACAAAUGUUUUCCAUAAAAGGAGCUAAUCCUGAUGUUUCUUCACUAUUAGGAGUCACAAAGGAUCUACCGCCAGCUUUCGUACUUACCGCUGAAUACGAUAUUUUGAGAGACGAAGGAAUUCAAUAUGCAGAAAAAUUACAAAAAGAAGGGGUUCCGUGUAAAUGGAAACACUACAAGUCUGCAUACCAUGGUGUGUGCAACAUGCCGUACAGCUUGGUUCGACGAAACAUCACUCGAGACAUUUGUGAUUUUCUAAAGAAUUUUAUUUGA